ACGCGAGCAAUUUGCUGAUUGAGCCAGUGCGGCGGCAUCUUGGAUUUGAGCGUGCCACGAUGACGCCAUACUUGCGAUUUUUUGGCAUAAUUUUGAAAUUGACGUUGUUGUUCCGAACGUACAGAGGGGAGCACAGUGACAAUGGAGAAAACAAUAUCCGAGAGUUAAUCCCCUUGCAAGCUCCGGAAAACCUAACUCUUCUCAACUUUGACGACAGAGACGCCAUCAUCAAGUGGGAACCGGUGUCGCCUGAUUCUGUGAGGGGAACGUUCAGAGGUUAUAUAGUUCGUGUCUGGAAUGGUGGCCUUAGUCAGGUUUACGCUAUACCACCCGAAAUACAGAAAACUGCUGUGCAGUUUUUUCCAUAUUCCAAGAAUUUUAUCACGGUGGCGGUUAGAAAUGAUAAAUAUGUUGGCCCGAGAAGCGCGGCAAUCAGUUUUGAUGCUCCUCAAACUGAACCCGGAUUGCCGUAUUUGUUCGAACAAAAUCAACUCGGAUCUAGUUCCGUACUGUUGCAAUGGAGCAAACCUACCCACCCGAACGGCAUACUCUUGGGCUACAAUCUGUACUGUAGCGAGGCAGUCGAAUACGGACUGGACACAAAAACUACGGUUACUGAAUUUAUACAAGGUGCUGACAACGUACAGGCCAAAUUAACUGGCCUAAAGGAGGGAUUAAAGUAUCAAAUCGAGAUCGCGGCCGUAAAUUGCGCUGGUGAAGGUGAACGAAACAGCCUCAUAGUCGAAAUUGAAGAGCACGUCCCCUAUCCACCGUCGAUGCCGUCGUUCAAAUACAAAAUUAAUUACCCCAAAGCGCGAAGCUUUGACGAAUACUUCGACAACGAGUGCUCGAAACCCAGGUACCCAUACGUACCUCAAACGAACGUCGACUUUGACGAUUCUGACGACGAUUUUUACCUCUUUAACAACACGGCGGGGAAAAUUAUCACUCCCAAACCGACUAGACCUCCAGAAGAUAUGCAAGUGGUUACGGCCGAAGAUCCUUGUUUGGUCAAAACACUGAUCAAAUGGAUCCCCGACGUCGAUCACAACCCCGGUGAACACUUCUACGUGAAGUACCGCAUAAAAGGUGACAAGAAAUACACCGACACCCCUCCCGAAACGUCUGAAGAUUACAUGAUUCUUGACAACUUCAACGCGUGUAAAAGCCACGAGAUUAUCCUCGUCGCCGUGGAUGGUGAAUAUCAUACAGAGAGCGAAGUCCAAGAGACUCCCGCUGUGCUUUUUAUGCACAGGCAGUAGAAAUAUGUUGUAUGUUAAUAAACGUAUAAAUCGGUAAUUGAAUAGAUUAA